UUUCUGAACAAGUGAAUAAGACUAACAUUAAAACCUAAUGAAAUCACGAAGUUUUUUCUCCUUAAAUGGGUCAUUAAAGUUCAGGAUCAGUGAGAAUUUAAUAAUAAAAUAUUUCUGUGGUUCCAUUUCUAAUGUUGGUAGCAACGCGUAAGGACAGUUUGGCAUUUUGUGAUGUGAGAUUUUGUUAAAAGUUUUUAUUAUGGUCUGAUUAAUAUAUAUUGAGAAAAUAUAUAUGUAUGCCAGAUGUAAUAACUAACAAAACUUCAAAUAAGUCUUCCCUAUAGGUUUGUAGUGCAAUGAGUAAGGAGCUCACAAUAAUACGAAUGAGUCUGUUCAAAAUUUGGUUAAGAGAUGAAAAUAAAAAAUGAUGGAAUGCAAAUAAAAACAUUAGAACAUAUGUGAUGUGAAACAUAAUUUAGUGAUCUUUUAAUAAAUUAUUGAUUCCAAAAUAUAGUGAAGUGUACUUUUCAGUCCUCGAUUGUGUGUUUUGAGGAAUCCGAAGUUAAGUGUAGAGUGAUCUAAAUGCAGCAUGAAUAGUAUAGAUUAUCGCUAGGAGUGCGACAUGAUCAAAGAAAAGCACGAGAAGGGCUCCGACAGCGUCAAAGAAGAGCCUGGUAGUUCGGAAAAAGACAGUCCUAAUGCAGAUGUACGCGUUAAAAAGGAGGAAGAUGCCACAGGAAGUACAUGCCCUAUUAAAAAAGAACCUAAUCGUCCUGUUACAAAGAAUGGGGGCCUCAUUGGUUCAACCAAUACUGGAUCCUUGCAGACACCAUCUGAGAGAAAACCCGAUACAGAAGAAACGCCUUCUGUUUCAGAAAAUUCUAUAAAAACUGAAGAACAGUUACAACAGGAUAUACCUUCUGAACCUUUUUUGGGAUUGCCUGCACCACAACCCCCUGACGGGGUGCAACCUUUAAUCAGUAAUGUCAUCAAUAAACAACCUAGUACUAUGGAGCCCUAUAUGCAACAGCAAAGUCAAAUAUUUGUCUUUUCAACUAUGUUGGCGAAUUCUGGGGCCGAAGAAGUCUUACAGGGAAGAUAUCCUUCUAUAAUAGCUUAUCAUUGUGCCCAACCAGGUACAAAAAAAUACUUAGAAAAGAAUCCAUUGAAAGUAACGCAAUUCAGGCCCAAUCCUACACAAUGGUUAAAUAAUAUAGCAAUGAUGAAAAAUAAAGGUUGUACACGUAGUCCCCUAGGUCCCAAAAAUCAACCGUCUAUUGAUUCUUUUUUGAGCCCAGAAGGAUUAGAUGAAAUGGUUGCUUUGACUGAGGAUUUGACAUGGGAUCAGAAAAAUAAUCAUUUAGAUAGUUUAGAAGGUGUCAGUAAUGGUUUACCAGAUGUAGGACCAGAUAUGGAUGCCUGUAGCCCUUCUUUAUCAAAUGUACCCUCUCUACAGGGUGUUAAAGUGCCUGAUGAAAAUCUUACCCCUCAACAACGUCAACAUAGAGAAGAACAACUAGCUGCCAUCAGAAGAAUGCAACAGAUGCUUUUCCCUGAGAGGCAGUCCAUGGAAGAGCAGAAUAUGGCUAAUGUUUCUAAUGCAGAAAGUGGUAAUGCAUCAUUAGAUUGCCCUAGACAAAUGAAUCAACCCCUAGCGAAUAUGCCAAGCGGUCCUGGACAACAACCAGUUUCCGCCCAAAUGGAGUGGCAGAAGUUACAAACUCAGUUUUUCGAAGAUAGAAAAAUUAAACCUCCGGACAAUAGAAUGUGUAGUAAUCAAGUAGUGCCAGUGGGGCCUGUUAGUUCAGGCCCAUCGUCGUGUUCUGGACCUCAGGGUGGAGGUGCCCUUAGAGGGACACAAGGUUCUGGACAAAGACUUCAAGGACCCCCUCCUCCAUAUCAUCAAACUCAAAGAUCUGCAAGUGUACCUAUAGCACUUCAAAGUCCUUCACCCGCAUCUCCUAACAACCCGACAUCGAAUUUAUCACUCCCUUCCCCUAGGGCUUCCUCCGCUCUCAACUCACCAGCUGACCCGAAUAGACCAUUUGGACUCAAUAGACAUAUGAGUACAGGACAAAGUCCGACGUCACAAGACUCCCCCUCAGCCCCUAGACUGAAUCAUAGUAAUCCUGGUACACCAGUUUCAUCGCAUCUUUCGCCUAGUAUAAGCAGUAGCACAGCAGAACCUUGUUCAACCCAUCAGUCUUCAGUGGAUGGAAUGUUUGGCAGGACCUUACAAUCCAUGGCACAACAGAAACAGCAGAUGAGCACUUCCACUACCACUUGUUCAACUUCAGUAUCAUCAAACGUGAAAGAGCCCAAUCUUAUGCCAGUACCUUCACCCCAACAGAUACAGUAUCUAAAUACUUUUGAGGGACAAGAAUUGAUCAUCCAAAAACAGCCUAAUACUAGUUUAAAAGAGGGCAACAUCAUAUCACCUUCGGUAUUACCACCAACGUCAAUGGACAAUGCAUUUUCGGGGAAUACAUCCGAUAUGCCUCAUUCAAGAGUUUCAGGUCCAAAUACACCUACAUCAAUGGAUGUUGGUCCACGGUUUCCACCAACACCCUCGGAAGGUUGCAGAUUUCAGAUUCCAAGCCCUCAUACUCCUACAGCAGCGAAUACAGGUGGUGACAAAUCACAGAGGUUAACUGCUCCCGGGCCGACAUCAGCACCAGGAAUGAGUCCACAAACUGUCCCUGGCCCCACAUCAGACCCACUGAAGAACGACUUGUUCCCCACUCCCAGUCCGCAUAUGAUGGAUGUGACCCGCUUUCCAGGCCCAAACACAUCUCCAGGCAACAAGAUGGGAGGUGGUUUUGUGAAUGUAUCACCGCCAGGUAAACCGAGCCCCAUGGAUCUUCCUAACUACAGUUGCGGAAGAGGUGAUAACAUCCCUUUGAAUCCGAACUGCACAAGUAGUAUGUCCGGUAAUCCUAAAGUUUCACAUUUCGAUCCGAUAUCAUCAUUGGCACAGAUGAGUCAACAGUUGACGAACAGUGUAGCUAGUUCGUUGAAUGGCCAGGGUAACCAGGGCCCUGGUAUGAUGAAUUUUGGAUCACCUUCCAUGCAUAUGAUGGACAUGGCAUCUUGUCACGGUAUGCCUGACAUGGAUCAAGGUGGUGGCAUGAUGGGAAUGCCUAUGCAAGGUCCCCCUCAUAGUUUCCACCCAAACUCUCCAAUGGGACCUAUUCGCUCUCUAUCCCCUAAGUUGUCAGGUGCCUUUCCCAAUCACAUGCCUAUGCCUAGGAUGAUGGGACGUCCUCCAGGGCCAAAUCCUUAUAACGGAGCCAAUGUCCAGGUGAAACCCAACGCGCCUAAUACUAUCCAGUAUCUACCUGCUAAACCACAAGGAAACAACCCAGGUCCAAGAGGUCCGCCCAGUUUAGAUUUUCUGCAGAGGUUCGCAAAUCCCAUGUCUGGUAUGGAGAACAAAAUGCCUGGACAAAAUAUGCAUCAUUACUUUCCGGGAUGUGGACCGAACAGCGGUCCUAUGCCUCCCCACAUGGGCCAUAUGGAGGGACCUAUGCCACCAGAACUUGGAGGUUCAAUGAUGGGAGGCCCUAUGGGUAAUGGUAACCCAAUGAUGGGAGGUAAUAUGGGCAUGCCUGGAGGUAUGAUACCAAUGAUGCGAGGACCUCCUAUGAGGCCUUCAGCUAUGAUGAGGAUACCUCAGAUGGGUUUUAAUGGUCCACCUGGUCCUGGCCAUGAUGGAAUGUUCAAUCCAGGUCCUGGGAAUAUGGGAAAUCCUAAUCCUCAAAUGUUUGUUGGUGGACCUAAGGGAAGUCCGAUGGGACUGGGUGCUCCAGAUGCCAGUCAACCUCUACCUCCAUCGAUGGGACAGAACAAUAGCUUUAAGAGUUCACCGUUUGUUGGCCCUACUACUGCCGAUCCAAACUAUGCUCAGCAAUUCCACAAUUUCCAACAACAAUUAUAUGCCACAGGAACACGCACACAAAUGGGAGGUCAGACAAUGGGUCCCGGUCCACCACACCCUCAGCAGCCUCCUUAUUUCAAUCCGAAAUAGCAAAUUGGUGGUGCUGAACGUGUCAGAGUUUUGUUUAUUUUUGAUAUUAAAGAUACCCUGGCAAUAAUUGAAACUCAAGUUGAGUUUGUAUAUUCUCAUGUUAUUGAGUUGAAUGCAUUGAAGUCAAGUGCAGUUAAGGGCUCUGCAGCCUCUGUUUGUUUGUGUACAAAGCUGCCUGUCUACGCUAUUUUGAAUUUGUAUAUUUGCCAUAAUUAGAGACUAUAGUAUAAUCUUUAAGUGUAGGGCUCGAUGAAGUCCUUUUAUGACAGAGGUUUCACUAUUGCUCAUAUUGAUUUGUUUCUAUCCAUCUGUUAUUCGUUUUAUUGUACAUUUUAUGAGUAAUCAUCAAUCAAAUGAUAAUAAAAUUCUAUAUUAUA